GACAGGGAGGAGGAGGAGGAGGAGGAGGAGGAGGAUAGUUUUGGAGAGAUGGUGUGAAGAGGAGAGCGAGGAGCAGCAGCAAAAGCAGGAGGAACAGAGCGCAUCAGCGGCGACCUUGAUUGGUAAUAAUCACUGAAGAGCGACGUGGCACUCCAGAAGCUUGAGAAGUGGAUUGUAGGCGAGUGAAGAGUCUGCUUUGUGAAGAGGUCUGGUGAAGCAAGCGAGGGCGGAGAAGAGGAAAGGUGGAAAAGAUGUCGCAUGCAGCCAUGUUUUCACUCUCAUCAGGAAUGGCAUCCCCAACAUCAGAAUCUGUAUACUCAGAAUGGCACCAUAUGCGAGUCAGAAAGAGGAGGACAUUCCCUCCACCCGCGUCUGUGCGUCCCACUCCAGUCGCGGUGUGGGAGGACUCAAAGGAACUGAAGCUCCAACCCGAUGCGAGGCUUUUGAGAGAUGACUCGACCAAUGGUGCUGGCAGGGCAGAUGCACCAAUGAGCAAUGAUGCGGACAAUCCAGUGUUCACGGUAUCGGGAACGCCCAAGAUGAAGUUUGGGCCUCAUCCGGUACGCCGUUCUCUGACUCGGCUCGGGGCAAUGGAGAUUGGAAAGCCUGGCGUGGUGAGGGAAGGAUGGUCUUCUCCCAUCGAUAGCAUCAAUCUGGCCUCCAUCGACUCCUCGCCUGGCCGGGAUGUCACCAGGCCGCAGUCCUUUCGCCCAGCCGCCUCUACAUCUGUGGAAACAGCUGCAGGAGCAGACACAGCUGGAGUCGUUAGUACAGCAGCAGGAGGAGCAGGAAGACCAGAGGACAUACCGAAGCCAUCAAAUGGUGCAGAUAAGGUGUCAAGAAGCCCACUGUCCCGACAAUCUCCGCCUUUCGCAGAAACCGAUGCAGUGAGGUAUAAGGAACUGCAGAAGGAAUGGCAGACCAGUGUUUCUCGUGAAGUUGCAUGGGAAGAGAGUGUUCAGAAGUCCUUGAACAAGUGGGCCGUUGAUCGAGCUCGGCUCGAGGAAGAGAUGGCAAAAAGGAAUGAGGCCGGUCGACUGCUGUUCCAACUGCCAAAGGAUGCUCAAAACAGCUCGCGAUCUGAGUCCUCCAACAAGCCACGCGAUCCUAUCGUAGACCUACAUGAAAUGUUCUUGAACUCAGAAGGGCCUACAGCAGCUGCAGCAACCACGAUGGCAAGGCCAAUGUCAGCUUUCACACCCGCUUCUACGUCAUUACCUCCUCAGCGCAGUUUCACCUAUGAGCGGAUGCCUCGACCAGCAUCGUCUUCGGGGCAGUUUAACCGUCAUCCCAGUGAAAUGCUAGUGGAAUCUCAACAAGCAGUGUACAUCCACAUGCGAGAGGAGGAGGAGAUACCAAACUGUUGCAUACCGUAAUGGUGCAAAACAGAACAAGGACCAACCUCACAUGGUAUAAGAUAGCGCAGCGGAAUGCU